UCUAUUUUAAAAAAGUGCAUUUGUCGAAAAAAUUAUAUUGCAGUAAAUAAUGCAACAUGCAUGCCAAUAUUAGGCGGAAAGUGUUAUUUACAUGAACACUGCACUGUUAAUAAUUCUAUAUGUAUUGAUCAAACAUGUCAAUGCGGACCUAAAUAUAACUAUUUGACAGAUAAAAUGUGUAUGAUUACUUCAUUAGGUACCGUCUGUAAGGUUGCGUCAGAUUGUGAUGAUGACUAUCGAUUUGAAUGUUCUAAAGACAACAUAUGUGUUUGUAAAGAAAAUUUUGAAAUUCUAAACAAUUCAACAUGCCUGCCAAAAUUAGGCAAAGCUUGUUGGAAUAAUGAGAAAUGUUUCACUGAGAAUGCUCUCUGUGUUGACAGCAAAUGUCAAUGUAAACUCGGUUAUAAAGCUGCACUUAAUGGUACAUGUAUAGAUUCCAUGUUAGGGAAAUCUUGUGAAAUUGAUAUGGACUGUGAUGAUUUGAAUCAUUUACGAUGUUCUGAUCAUAAAGUUUGUAUCUGCCAGAUAUAUCAUGUGACUCAAAUAUCUUCAUGUUUUUCAUUGUUGUAUCGAUUUUGUGACAAUGAUAUAAGAUGUAAAGUUAAUAAUUCUAUUUGCAUUGACAACCUGUGUCAAUGUAGAAAUGGAUAUGUAGCUGACUCUCCUUCCAUAUGUUUACCAUCACCAUUAGGACGAAACUGUACAUCUGAUUUUGAUUGUGAAAAGGAGCUUUAUGCAGAAUGUUCAAACGCUGGUAUAUGUGUUUGCAAUGAAAAUCAUGUAAUGAAAAAUGAAUCUCGGUGUGAGCCAUUCCUCGGCGGACGGUGUUACGAUAAUGAAUCCUGCAAAAUCGACAAUUCGGCCUGUAUUGAAAACAAGUGUCAAUGUAAUCUCGGUUUCAUGAAUACGGACAAGUACAGAUGUUUGCCGUCUUCAUUGGGAAAGUUUUGUCAAGAUAGUUUCGAUUGCGAUAACAUAUGGCACAUGAAAUGUUCUUCUAAUAUAUGUAUCUGCAAAGACAACCACAGUAUAGUAAACUUCGCAUCAUGUAUGCCACUUCUCGGUGCCAUUUGUAUGUUUCAAGACUCGUGUGCGUCGAAUAAUUCAAUUUGUGUGGAUCACGAGUGUCAAUGCCUGCCUACUUUUGAGCGUGUGUCUAAAGACCACUGUGUGCCUAGUAAAUGCAAUCAAAAUAUAUAUUUAUAAAUUCUUUUCUCUGGUUUAUAGUUUUCCAUACAAUUUUCAUUUUCUGCUUGAUUGCAGCUAAAUUAGGAAAUCAAUGCAAAACUUAUUCUGAUUGUGGAGAAGUGAAACAUACAAAAUGUUCCGAUGAUCAUGAAUGUGUUUGUGCAGAAAAUCACAUAAUAGUUAACAAGGCGACAUGCUUGCCAUUACUGGAUGGAUUUUGUACGAAUGAUAGCCUGUGCUUCGUUAAAAAUUCUGUUUGUAUCAAUAAUGCAUGUCACUGUCAGGAUGGAUACGAUCCUUUAUCACAUAACCAAUGCAUAGCACAUGUAUUCUAACAAAAGAGACAUUUUCAUUUCUUAGUCUUUUGA